UUGAACCACAAUUUUGUUGGCAGUGACGUGACAUUAUUCGCCAUACUCUAUCAAAUUGGAAUCAUAAUAAAAGUAAUAUUUGUUAAUAAAACUAAUAUUUCAACCCUUAUUCAUAAGGCGAUACGUUGCUAAUAAGAUCGUGUAGAGAGACACAUUCUUGUUUUGCACGAUCUUCGUAUAUCCUUUAAUGUGUUUGUGACAAGUAUCCCAGUAUACAAGUAUAGAAGUGCCGAUAUAAUGUUAACUAAAUUUGAAACAAAGUCGGCUCGAGUGAAGGGCUUAUCGUUUCACCCAAAGAGACCAUGGAUAUUAGCAAGUUUGCACAAUGGCGUUAUUCAGUUGUGGGAUUAUCGGAUGUGCACGAUGCUGGAGAAAUUCGAUGAGCACGAUGGACCAGUCAGAGGGAUCUGUUUCCACAACCAGCAGCCGCUCUUUGUUUCCGGCGGCGAUGAUUACAAAAUAAAGGUUUGGAAUUAUAAGUUGAAGCGUUGCAUCUUCACCCUGCUGGGUCAUUUGGAUUACAUCCGCACCACGAUGUUUCACCACGAAUACCCAUGGAUCGUGUCCGCCUCCGAUGAUCAGACUAUCCGCAUCUGGAAUUGGCAGAGUCGUACCUGCAUUUGUGUCCUGACGGGACAUUGCCACUAUGUCAUGUGUGCGAUCUUUCAUCCUAGCGAAGAUCUCCUAGUUAGUGCGUCUUUGGAUCAAACGGUUAGGGUAUGGGAUAUUUCGGGCCUCAGGAAGAAGAAUGUUGCGCCAGGUCCGGGCGUUCUCGAAGACCAUAUGAAGAAUCCUGGAACGACAGAUCUCUUUGGACAGGCCGAUGCCGUCGUCAAACAUAUCCUUGAAGGUCACGAUCGCGGCGUCAAUUGGGCUUGCUUCCAUCCUACCCUACCGCUCAUUGUUUCCGGUGCUGAUGAUAGGCAAAUCAAGCUAUGGAGGAUGAACGAUUCGAAGGCCUGGGAAGUAGAUACAUGCCGCGGUCACUACAAUAACGUUUCCUGCGUGCUCUUCCAUCCCAGACAAGAACUACUUUUAUCUAACAGCGAGGACAAGAGUAUUAGGAUUUGGGAUAUGUCUAAACGUAUCUGCCUAGACACGAUCCGACGAGACCAUGAGAGGUUCUGGGUACUUACCUCUCAUCCAACCCUAAAUUUAUUUGCUGCUGGUCACGAUGCUGGAAUGGUCAUCUUCAAAUUGGAAAGAGAACGUCCUGCUUACACUGUUUAUGGAAACCUUCUCUAUUACGUGAAGGAUCGCUUCCUGCGUAAAUUGGAUUUCACCACGUCUAAGGAUACGCCGGUCAUGCAGCUGCGAGGAUUUGGAAAGUCCCCGGUGUACAACAUGUCCUUUAACCCAGCCGAGAAUGCAGUGCUCGUGUGCACCAGAUCUAGUAACGUCGAUGGUAACAAUUACGAUCUAUACCUGAUUCCUAAGGAGCACGAAUCCGAAAUCACAGAAGUGGAGAACAAACGAUCUUCGGGAAAUACAGCUGUAUGGGUAGCUAGAAAUCGUUUUGCUGUUCUUGACAGAAAUAUGCAGUUGAACAUUAAGAAUCUGAAAAACGAGACGACUAAGAAAGUGCAAACACCACAAUGCGACGAGAUCUUUUACGCUGGCACGGGAAUGCUGCUUCUUAGGGACAUGGAACAGGUUACUCUCUUCGACGUCCAACAAAGGAGAACCAUUGCGCAAUUGAAAGUGAUGCGCUGCAGAUACGUCGUUUGGUCCGCUGAUAUGGCUUAUGUAGCGCUGCUCUCCAAGCAUUACGUAACCAUAUGUAACAGGAAACUGGAGCAGCUUUGUUCCAUAUACGAGAGCAUCAAGGUUAAAUCCGGUGCUUGGGAUGACAGCGGCGUGUUUAUCUACACGACCAGUAACCACAUUAAAUACGUUUUGAAGAACGGAGACAAUGGCAUUAUCAGGACGUUGGAAUUGCCAAUUUACAUUACUCGUGUGAAGGGUAACCACCUGUUCUGCUUAGACCGAGAAUACAAACCUAGGAUGCUAACGAUUGAUCCUACGGAAUUCAAAUUCAAGCUAGCUCUAAUCAACCACAACUACGAAGAAGUAUUAUAUAUCGUUAGGAACUCGCGAUUGGUAGGGCAGGCAAUUAUUUCCUACCUGCAAAAGAAAGGAUAUCCUGAGGUGGCCCUGCACUUCGUUACUGAUGACAAAACUAUUUUCGGCUUGGCCCUGGAAUGCGGAAACAUUGAAGUUGCCUUGGAGGCGGCUAAAUCGUUGAACGAUAAAACUUGCUGGGAGAAACUCGCAGAUGCGGCUCUCAUGCAAGGUAAUCAUCAGGUGGUUGAGAUGUGCUACCAACGUACGAAGAGCUUCGACAAAUUAUCCUUCCUAUACUUGAUCACUGGAAACUUGGAGAAGCUGAAGAAAAUGACCAAGAUCGCAGAGAUUCGCAAGGAGAGGUCGGCUCAGUACCACGGAGCUCUGCUUCUUGGAGAUGUCGUUGAAAGAGUAAAGAUCCUGCAGGAUUCCAAUUUGACAUCACUUGCUAAUUUGACCGCUAAGACUCAUGGCUUACCCGACAUGGUUACUGAAGAGGGCGAGGUACGCGAAGUCACACCUGGAGCCAAAUUCCUGAGACCUCCACCGCCAGUCCAACAAGCUGAAUCCAACUGGCCACUGCUCACAGUCAGCCGAGGAUUCUUUGAAAAUGCAUCUCUAUCCAAAACGAGUGCACAUAUGUCUAAUCUUGAUAUUGAUCCAAAUAUGGAACCGGUCGUCGAUGAAGGCGGAUGGGCCGAUGAAGAAGAUGAUGUUGAUCCGGACGUCGUAAGUAAAAGUAAGCCAGAUGCUUCUGGUGAUGCCGACAUGGAUGGUGGCUGGGAUGUGGAAGACGCAGAUUUGGAAAUACCAGAUUUAGGGCCGACGAAGAUAAACGGCGAGGAUACCACCACGUACAUCCAUCUGCCUAGCCAGGGAAUAUCGCAAUACAUGAGUUUGAUUAAAAAUUCUGAAUUGGCUGUUGAACAUGUACUUGCUGGCUCUUUCGACAGUGCCACUAUGCUAUUAAAUGCACAGCUGGGCGUUGUCAAUUUCAUUCCAUAUAGAACGUUAUUUUUGGACAUGUACCGUAGCUCCAGGACAAUCUGCUCCUGGCAGCAAAUCCUUCCACCCCAGUUUUGCAACAAUUUGGAUACCAACAAAGCUGCUCCGUUUGUGCACACAAAACUAACAGAUUUAAUUCAGAGACUACACGUAUGUUACCAACUAACAACCGGUGGUAAAUUUACGGAAGCCAUCGAAAAGAUGCAAUUACUUCUUCUGCAAGUUACGUUGAUCGUCGCUGAGUCGAAGAAUGCAGUCGUCGAAGCGCAGCAGUUAAUCAAAAUUUGCAGGGAGUACGUGAUAGGAUUAAAGAUGGAGACGCAGAGGAAGAGUUUGCCAAAGAAUUUGCCUGAGGAACAGGAGCGGCAAUGCGAGAUGGCAGCAUACUUCACUCAUUGCCAGUUGCAGCCGAUUCAUCAAAUCUUGACGCUGCGAACGGCCCUAAACAUGUUCUUCAAGCUGAAGAAUUACCGGACGGCGUCGUCCUUCGCCAAGAGGUUGCUGGAUUUAGGACCAAGACAGGAGGUAGCCCAACAGGCGAGGAAGAUCCUGCAAGCAUGUGAUUCUAACCCGACCGAUGAAUUCAAAUUGCGCUAUGAUGAGCACAAUCCGUUCUCGCUGUGUGCUUACUCCUUCCAACCCAUCUACAGAGGAAAACCAGACGAGAAAUGUCCCUUCUGCGGCGCCAGCUACAUGCCUAAUUUCAAAGGACGCCUGUGCAACAUCUGUGAGGUCGCCGAAAUAGGAAAGAAGGCGAGUGGCCUGAAGAUCUUCCACCACCAAACACGUUAGGAUUAAAUAACAUAUAGUCUUUCUUUUUGUAUUUAUAUAUUGCAUUAUUACUUGGGACAUCUGUUGUUAUAUAUAUAUUUAAAAAAAAUGUGUGUAAAAUGAUAUAAAGUUGGAAGAAACAAAAUCUAUGUAUAAUUUGACUAUACUACUAUUUUUUUUUGUUGUUGCAAUGAACCCAAUAAUAAUAUAUUUUUUAAUAUCUAGUAUUAUAUAACCGUAUUAUUAAACUGUCAUACAACGCGCGAUUGUAUAAUUCUUAUAGUUUCUAAAAAAUUGUGUAUUUUUUGUAUUUUUUUUUCUUCGAAUACAUAGGCAUAAAUGCACUCGUAAAGUAAAUGAAAACCGACAUGUGAAGAAAAACAUGGGGAUUUUUUUUUAUAUAAAUCACCUUAUGUACAACACAACGUAAAAGCUAAAA